GUUACUUUUGUAUUACCUGUUGAUGUUGUGAAAAGAGUGAAUCGAGAACUGUUGCUCUAGUUUUACUUUUUUAUUUUGUUCAAUCAACAUCAUAAUAAUUUCAUCUAAAUUUAGUUAAUUAACUUUCAUUUUUUCGUAAUACAAAAAUCCAAACUUAUUUUGCGCGUUUCCAAUCAAAGUGACAACUCAAUCCAAUCUCAAUUCCUUGGACUGAAUCGACUUUUGUUUAAUUAAUCAAGUAAAUUAAACGUUAAGCCUAAAAAAAACAAUCGAAAAGCGAAAACAACGAGAAACUAAUCAUCUUCAUUUUCCCCUGGAAAUACAAAUAAUCAUCAACGUAACUUAAACUGUUGCUUAAUUAACUAUAACGUCAUUUCCGUUAACGUUGAAAAUUAAACAAAUUGAUUCUUCAGGUGUAAACAUCAUUCAUCAUAAUUUCCCUUGAAUAACAAGUUAAUCGAAUCAAAUCUGACCGGAACUUUUAUAUAUCUUCUUGGUCAGAAAAACAGUCAACAUUUUGCAAGAAAAUUGGCAAGAUCAGGAUUGGAAAUAGUAAACAAUCAACUUAAUAACUUGAUAAUUAAAGAAUAAUCAGAAAUAUGAAAUCAAGAAAGAUUAUCUCUGGACAAACUGAAGAGCCUGGUAACCCUCUUGGCGGUGUUAGUAUCUGGAGGGAACAGCAAACUCAAUUAGAGAAAAGUCUAAGACUAAUGAGAAAACGUCGAGGAAACGGCGAUUCUAAUAUUGAAUCAGUGAAUCAAAGUAAAUCAAAAGCUAACAUUAAUUCAGUGAAUUCAAGUAGCAGUAGCAACAUAAAUAGUAAUUAUAGCAACAGUAGUAACAGUAGCAUAAGUAGUAAUUGUAGUGUGAGUAGUAAUCUUGAUUCAAAUAAUAAUAUUAACCAAUCAAAUAAUUUAACAAUGAAUAGAGUCGAUGAUUAUGAGCAUUCAGUGGCUGAUGCAAGUGAAUCAACAGAUGAUUCGAGUUCAAUGGGAGAUGAUGUUGACAGAGCUCGUAAGAGAAACCGUUUAUCUCCUAUUGAGCCAACCAACUAUAUGAAUGGUUCAUCCUCGAAUACUUAUUCACAUAACAGUCAAGGUCGUCGUAGAAAAUCAACAGUUUCAGCUCGUGAACGUAAUUUACGUCGACUAGAAUCAAAUGAACGAGAACGCCAACGAAUGCAUAGUCUCAAUGAUGCUUUUCAAUCUCUUCGAGAAGUUAUUCCUCAUGUUAGAUUGGAAAGGAAAUUAUCUAAAAUUGAAACACUUACAUUAGCCAAGAACUACAUCAUGGCGCUGACCAAUGUUGUCUGUGAGAUGAGAGGUGAGCAAUUGCCUUACAAGGGACUUGUUCAAUCACCUGAUCCAUCAGAUGGAAGUCAGGAUGCCAACAACAAUGGACUCAUUGAAUGUCAAGCUAUUGUUAAGAAUGAACUUGCAAUAAUAACCAAUUCAGCUGAUUACAAGAUUGAAACAGCAACAACAAACAAUAAUAAUAAUAAUAAUGAUCAUGAAAAUCACCCUGAACAACAACAACAACAACAAUCAAUGGUGAAUGGAAUGGCCAUUGAAUCAUUUAAUUCAAGUAUUGUAAAUGAAACUGAUUUGAAUGAUGUUGAUGAUCAAAUUGGUGUUAAUGUUGGAGAUAUAAGUCUUCUCAAUGUAUUUAAAGGAUCAUCACAAUCAAAGUUGGUUAAUUGUUUUUCUGGUUUACUUGCUGACGAUAAUUUGCUAACUAACGGUAAACUUGAGCCAUCUUUAGAUCAUAAAACGAUUCUCAAUUUUUCUGAUGAUCUUUAACAAUUUGAUCAUUUUAACUAAUUAAUUUAAGUUUCCUGUUUUUUAUUACUUUUAAAUCAUCAUAAUGAAUCCUAUUAAUUUGCUGCUUUGCCAGUAAUCAUUUGCCAUUAGUUUAAUUGUUUCCAUCGUCACAUCAUCAUCAUCAUCAUCAUCAUCGUCCUAAUCAACAACCUCUUCAUUAUCAUCAUCAUCAUCAUCAUUAUCAUUAUGAUUAACGUGUGUUUUUAUGAUUAAUCCCUUGACAACCGUAUACAUGUAACAACGUAUUCAUCUCAGUGAAUUACAGUUUAACCAGGAAAACAAAUAAUUGAAUGAUGAAAAAUCUCAAAGACAGAUUUCAAUUGUUAACAAUUUACCAAAUCACCAUUAAUCACUUCAGCUUCAUCAUCUCAACUAAUAUAAUCAUCAAACUGUAAUCACUCACUGACACACAUAAACCAACAUUACUUAUCAUAAUAAUAGACAUUCUAGUUUAAUGAUUAACAAUCACAUUUUGAAACUGAACAAUUAACUAGAUCAUCAUUGCAAUCAUUCCCAUUGAUCAAUUAAUUUAAUCAUCUUCCAGAUUCAUUCUAGUUAAUUCCUUAAUUAUUUAAAUUAUUCAUUUGGUGCAUUCCCUUUAAUCACAAUGAAUCAAAAUUAUGUUAAUAAAAAUCAAUCAAUAAUAUUGAGCUCAUAUUAAUCUAAGUAAUUAGUUUGCAUUAGAAAAAAUCUAA